UUAACCCUGGACCAGGCCCAGUUCACCCAAACGGAUUCUGCGGCGUGUUCUUCGCUACAUUUACAAUCAGCUCUGAGUUAAUACGGUGUAGUCCCUUGUACAUUACAGCAGUCUUAAAAAUGUCAAGACCUGUUGCAUUCAGUGGGCCUUUCUCCUGAGUUGUGAGGGCUGCAGUCUGGCCCUGGAGCAGACUGAUUUUGUAUCAUCAUGGCAACUGAGGUAAAAGUGACCGGGCAGAAUCAGGAGCAGUUCCUGCUGCUGGCAAAAUCUGCCCGUGGAGCUGCCCUGGCCAGCCUCAUCCAUCAAGUACUCGAAGCCCCUGGCAUUUAUGUCUUUGGAGAGUUGCUUGACAUGCCCAAUGUUCAAGAGUUAGCUGACAGUGAGUUCUCCCCUGUCUUCCGCCUGCUCACAGUCUUUGCCUAUGGGACAUAUUCAGACUACUUGGCUGAAGCUGGGAAUCUGCCUCCCUUAACAGAGGCUCAGAAGAACAAAUUGCGCCAUCUGUCUGUUGUCACACUGGCUUCCAAACUCAAGUGCAUUCCUUACUCAGUGCUGCUGGAACAGCUCCAGCUGAAGAAUGUGCGCCAGCUGGAGGACUUGGUGAUUGAGGCAGUGUACGCAGAUGUACUGCGGGGGAGCCUGGACCAGCGCAAUCAGCGAUUAGAGGUGGAUUACAGCAUUGGGAGGGACAUCCGCAGGGAGGAACUCAGUGCCGUCACACGGACCCUUCAGGAAUGGUGCCAGGGCUGCGAGGUUGUCCUUGCCAGCAUUGAAGAACAAGUGAGCCGAGCCAAUCAGCACAAAGAGCAGCAGCUGGGUCUCAAGCAGCAGAUUGAGAGCGAGCAGGUAGCAAAUCUGAAGAAGACAAUUAAGGUCACAACAGCAGCAGCCGCAGCAGCAACUUCCCAGGAUCCUGAGCAGCAUCUCUCUGAGCUCCGGGAGCCUGCUCCGGGUACCAACCAGCGCCAGGCCAGCAAAAAGGCUUCCAAGGGCAAAGGGCUCCGAGGCAGUGCAAAGAUCUGGUCUAAAUCAAACUAGCAGGACUGCUGGCUGGGGAGGACGAACAGGUGUCCCACGUGUGGUGCUUUCUUCUGCGACCUGGAUGACUUUCUGUGCACCCCCCCCUCCAAAUAUCUCUUUCACUCUCUUGCAUAUGGUUUGUUCUUUCCAUUUGUCUCCUCUCCUGGUAUGUUCAUCUAGCCUCAACUUCUGUUGCUCUCUAGUGUUUCUGUCAGCAACUUUUUUGCUUUGCCUUUUUCUGUCACUCUGCAUCCCCAUUCUCUUGUGGGGUGCAUUUUAAAGAGCCAUAAAAUGAUCUCUGCUUCAAUUACUUUUGCACCAACAGAAUAUUGAGAAGCCUGAGUGGAAAUGAAUCUGGUGCCAGUAAGCCACUUUAGUUCAGUGAGCAAAUUCUGGGACAUUUGCUCUGGGACACAGCUUGACAUCUCAAUGUUUUGCUUUGCUGGGAUCAAUGGAGGAGAGGGUGUGUGUGUGAGUGUGUGUUGGAAGGAUUGUUUUUAAAAAUAGUAUAAAUAUAUAAAGCGAUUUAAAAAAUAAAUCUAUGGACAUAUCUGCAG